UAGAGACUCAUGGCGAAAGUUACACUUGUACUUCGUUCCCUUUUGAGUAUAGAAGGCAGUCCGUGUUGGGACCUCGCUUCAGACUCCGUAGUUUGCCCCUGAUGAACGACAUCGAGAAUGUCUUGCUUGACAUCGAAGGCACAGUUUGCCCUAUCUCGUUUGUCAAAGAUACGCUCUUCCCAUACGCCAUCAAGGCUCUACCCGAAGUUCUUUCUACUCAAUGGGACAAGCUUUCAUUCUUACCUUACCGUGACGCUUUCCCAGCCGAACACCGGAGCUCCCCAGCAGAAAUGCAGGCUCACGUUGAAGACCUAACUAAGCGGGACGUUAAGAUUGCCUAUCUCAAAAAUCUCCAAGGCUACCUCUGGGAAGACGGCUACAAGUCUGGCGCCUACUCCACCCCGCUUUUCCCAGAUGUGAUUCCGCAGCUUGAGCGCUGGCGAAACGGUGGCGUGCGACUAGCUAUCUACUCCAGCGGCAGUGUCUUCGCGCAGAAGCUGCUGUUCGCGCAUGUACAGAGUGCGGACGCGGCCGGGGAGGCGACUGGAGACUUCACUUUCCUCAUCGUCGAAGGCGGCUGGUUCGAUACGGUCAAUGCGGGGCUUAAGACAGAAGCGGCGAGCUACCGGAAGAUCGUCGAGACGAUGCACUGGUCCGCGGGGAAGACGCUCUUUCUCACAGACAAUGUCAAGGAGUACGAUGCUGCCAUAUCUGCAGGUCUGCAAGCGGUCUUGCUUGACAGACCCGGCAAUGCACCUGUUGCUGAGGCGGACAGAAAGCGCAUGAGAGUUGUCGGAAGUCUAGACGAUAUCGACCUUGGCUUCCACUCCCAAGUCGCGGAGAACGGUGAGCGAUUUCCGCCUGUACAAGGCCCGGUCACUACCAAACCUAGCCAGAAUGGAGAUAUCGGAAGAGGCCGAGUGAACCUAUACAGACCAUCAUCCCUCGAAGACGUCCAGUCUAAACGGUCACACGACGACGUUGGCGACGGAGUGGAGCCGUCGCAUAUUAAACGGCAGAAGGCAAGCAACGACACAAGCCUGGAGAAACUCGUUUGCAAUGAAGACAAGGACACUAGUCCAGAAGAGCAGAGAGCGAAAAACCCGAAGUACGCUUUCGACCGCUCGGCCCAUGAGCGUACGGAGUUCGUGAUGGGCGACAUCAGCGGGGCCGUUACGGCGGAGACCGAGGAUGUGGUGCGCGAUCCGCAGGAUACCCAUCCGUGAGCGUCACACCAAAGUCUUGAACGCCGACCUUGAACAUUCCAUCGGCCGAAUGUCUGAGGCUGGAUCGCGUGGGAGAUUUCUAGGAGGUUGGGAUAGCUAUGGCCCACCAAUUGUCUUUCUCGUAGCCAGCCUCAAUCACCCUACCACCGGCCAAGCGAAUGUUGUCCUCGAG